GGCUUCCCUGAAGAAAAUGACGUUACCAUGGAACCCUACAGAAGGAGCCCAGUGCCCAGGACAUUGCCAUUUUGUUUGGGAAAGCCUACUAUUCUCGAUGCUGUACAAAAUUGUUUCUAUAGUAACUAGAAUCAAAACAACUAUUACAAGUUCUUCAAAUGUGACACUUGUAUAGUGAUUUAAAUCACUCGUUUUUAUCAAGUUUCAAUCAACACUAUUUAUUGAAACAAGAAAUUUUAGAUAAAAUAAUUACAAUGCAAAGAUCACAAACAGGUACAACUAUGUUACAAAAUAAAAUUAAUAAGUUCCAUAAGAUAGUAAAAAUGAAAUUAGAAUUUUAUAUUUCAGCAAGUAAUCAUCCUGCAACUCCAGGUCAAAAUGUUCUUGCAAGACCACCGUCUGUGUCAAUUUUACAUAACCAAAUGCCAACAGCUAAUUCACGAUUAAAUACGAUCAGUUCGACUGGUUCUGGACAUUUAAAUGUAGGAUUUCCAACAACUGGUUACAUGAAUAUAAAUGUUAUGGAAAGACCGAUCACUCAACAUGGGGUAGCAGCUAUUAGACCUGGUACUGGUAGGGGGAUGACAAGGCAAAUUCAGGACAAGAGAUAUUACAUUGGAAUUAUGCAGUUAAAAAUAAGAGAAUUAAAUCAAGAAAUUGCUGUCAUUAUGAAAGAUAUUGAAGAUCAAAAUAAGGAAAGAGCUACUUAUAUACAUUAUGAUAAAAGGGCAAAAGAUUUAGCAGCUGAAUUAACAGCUUUACAAGGACAAUUAGCGGAUUAUAAUAUCGUUGUCGAUAAAAUGACUUCCGAUAUUGGGAAGGAAAUCAUUGAACAAGAAACUGAAGAACUUGCAAUGAAAAAUGAACACAAUCUAUUAAAAAUCGAAAAUAUGUAUGAAGAAAGAAAACAAUUACAAGACAAGCUGAAUAAGAUAGAAAAGCAAUUAGAGAAUGAGAAGAAGAGAACUGAGAGACUCGUAGAAAGUAUGGAUGACGAUACGAGAGAAAAAUAUGACGAAUUAUUAAAAGAAAAAGCAUAUCUACAAGAGAAAGCAAAUAAGAUGCAACAAGAGCUAGAUGAAUUAUACAAAGAACAACUUUAUUUGGAAGAGGAAAUAACACUGUCUCCUUUGAAACAAGAAGCAGUUAAAUUACAUUUGAAAAUUAUUGAAGCAGAGGAAAAAAGGAAUAAAUUGCGGGAGGAAGAAAGGCAUAGAAUUUCACCAGAAGAAGAAAGAGAAAAAUUGUUGCAAAAAAUAAAGCAGGAAAAUAUGGACAUCGCAGCAGCGGAAGCACAGUUAACUGAGAAAAAGAAACAAAUGCAAGAAGUUGAACAAAAAUUAGAACAAUUGGAAACCGACAUCGAGGAUACUCAAUCUGAAAAGCAAAUCAAGUACAAAGAACUUCGUAAACGGGAGGAAAUUAUAGAACAGUUUAUGACAUCCUUCGAACAAAAUAAACACGAUGAAACAACUAAAUUACAGAAAUUAGAAAAUACAAUAAUUGAGUAUUUGGAAAAUAUUUCAAAUAUGAUAAACAUCAAUAUUAAUUUUACAGGAAGUGAUGAGAUAGCAAUUUUAAACAAUUUACCUCCAUUUAACGAACACGAGUAUACUAACGGUGAUCAAAGCUUUGAAAGAUUGUCGAAAGACAAUCUGAGGCUGCAACAGAUUUUGAGUGAAAUGGAAAUGUUAGAAAGAAGACUUAAGGUCGAGUCCGAUGAUCUCAAUGAAAGAAUGAAAAAAGAAGAAAGUAAAUUGAUAACGUUAGAAGAUUUAGAUACCUUGAAAACUAAAUUGGCAAUAAAACAAGGGCAACUGACAACAGAAUGUGAACAAUUAAAACAACAGCAAGUAACUCAUGAACAAGAACUUGAAGAUAUUCGAUCCGAAUAUAAUGAAAUUAAGCAACGAUUAGAAAAUAAUAGUGUGUAUAGUCAAAUCAGUGUGCUAGAAAAUACAAUGGAAAAUUUAAUAGAGGAACAUAAAAAAAUUGAAAAUUUUAUUGAAAAACAAAAGGAACGUAGCGACUAUGGACCAGUGAAAACAGAUGCUUUUGAUUCAAUAAAUAGUUAUAAUACUAUGUUAAAGCAAAAUUUAAAAGUUAUUUAUUAAGAUUUUUUUUAUCAUAUCGCUAAUUUAGUCGGAGUUCUCUCGAAAUCUUUACUAAAUUCUAUACCUUUUUCUUUCAUUCUUCUUUCUAAUUCCAAGGCAAGUUUGUAAUCAUUCCGUUUAUUUGCACACAAAGAUCAUUAAUUAUAAAAUUUUGCAUAAUUUAUAAAUUAAAAACGUCAUUUGUACUUACCACAUAUAGUUUGCGUUAAAUUGCACAUAGGUUUUAAAUUCAUUUCUGCCACAUUUUUUAUAUUUUACAUCAUCAUCUUUCAAAUAUUGAAGUUGUUGUAAUAGAGUAAUUAGGUGAUAUGUUUCCUUUUAAUAUGUGAGCAAGAAUUAAAUGUUUGAGUAUACGAUCAUAAUUCGUACAGUAACCCCGUUUUCUACAUCAGCAAGCGGUAUUAGUGCUUUAUAGCGCUUCAUUGCUGUUAAAAAUGUAAUAAUUGUAUUUAUUUCAUGUGCAGAGAGAUCUAAGUUUUUUUUAAAAUGUUGCAGCAAAUCCAUGACCAUUAUAACAUGAGUUAAAUAAGAAAUUUAUACAAGAAUCAAUAUCUUUUGAUUUUCUGUGAUUAAGAAUUAGAACAUUUAACUUGUCCUGACAGUCCACUUUUUUCUUAAAAUGGGAACAUAUAGCUAAACUUUCCUUUAAUCUAUUUGAGUUUAAUAAAAAAUGUACAAAGGGCUCUAUUAUGCAAUUAGUUGAUAUUCCCGACUGUAUCAUUUUUGUAACUGUAAUAAUAGCAUUAUUUGUAUCAAUGUGUGGAAAUAUAUAGUUUAUGAAUGUUUUGGAGUCUAUUUUAACAUUUAAAGCUAUCAUGUGCUGGAUAAUUGAACAUAUACCAGCCUCUUAAUGCAUCAUAUCUAUUAAUGCAUCAUAGAUUUUU